GCUCAAGAAGGGAACGUUGUGGGUACCGGAUUUUGCGUCGCCAUCGUAAUUCAGAAGAUCAAGUGCAUUGUAUUGGCAAAGCUAAGAAAUACAGCGAGGCAGCAACCCGCGUUAAGGAGAUCCUCCUCAGCACGGUCAGUCCGGAGCAGUUUGUCUUAACGCUGCUUGAAGCAGAGCCUCCCAACGUGUUGGUGAGUCGGCCCAGCAAGCCCUUCACAGAGGCCUCCAUGAUGAUGUCCCUGACAAAACUGGCAGAUAAAGAGCUGGUUCAUAUGAUUGGUUGGGCCAAAAAGAUUCCUGGCUUCAUUGAUCUCAGCCUGUAUGACCAAGUAAGACUUUUAGAGAGCUGCUGGAUGGAAGUUUUAAUGAUUGGCCUGAUGUGGAGAUCCAUUGAUCACCCUGGAAAACUAAUUUUUGCACCAGACCUUGUUCUGGACAGGGACGAGGGGAAAUGCGUAGAGGGAAUUUUGGAAAUCUUUGAUAUGCUCCUGGCCAUGACCUCGCGGUUCCGAGAGCUGAAGCUGCAGCACAAGGAGUACCUGUGUGUCAAGGCAAUGAUCCUCCUCAAUUCCAGUAUGUUUCCACUGUCAGCAGAAGAACCUGAAAGCAACAGGAAGCUGCAUCACCUGCUUAAUGUAGUGACAGAUGCUUUAGUGUGGGUGAUUGCGAAGAGUGGGAUCCCCUCACAGCAGCAGACAACUCGCCUGGCCAAUUUGUUGAUGCUGCUCUCCCACGUCAGACACGCAAGUAACAAGGGAAUGGAGCAUCUCCUGAGCAUGAAGUGCAAAAACGUGGUCCCUGUCUAUGACUUGCUGCUGGAGAUGUUGAAUGCCCACACUCUGCGGGGGCAAAGGAAGUCCCCAAUCACCAGCCCUGAAUUUGGCCAGUUAGAACAGAUGGAGCCUGGAGACGGUCUGUGAAACGGGGCAACCCCCAGUUCCAUGGAGACCUGGAGUGUCUCAGCAGUGUGGAGCUGAUUCGGAGUCACGGGAGAAAACAAAGCUGCUGUGGGGAGACCACUGGAGAUGAGGUGACCGCGUGCGAGUCCUCCUCUCUUUUAGAUUUGCACAUGGGUAUCUUGGGAAGAGCUUAUGAGACGCACAGCCUGGUCCACGUUUCUGACGUUAUGAUAGCUGCACUUUUAUAGUGCCUUUUCUGAGACUCUUCAAAAAGCACCUUAUGAAAUUAGGCCUCAGAACGCUGCUGUGGGAGAGGGAACUGCUGCCCCUCCUUUCUAAAGGUGGGUGACCUGAGACAAGGCCGUGAAGUGACUGGUUUAAGAUGACAGAAGGAGCCUGUGUCAGGUCUCAGAGUCAGCUCCUAGGGGUCUUUUCUCCCAGACCAGUUUUUAAGCACUGACUUGACUAUCUCCUCUCUUAAUAUGGGGUUGUAUGAAGUGUCUGGCUGCAUCGUUUGGGAGAGAUUUGCUCGUGUGUGCUGGUCACUGGGGAGUAUCUGCUUUGCAGUUGAUGGAGAUAAAGUGCURGGAUAUGUACACAGUGCAAAGCAGUUUCCUCCCUUCAUAAAUAUACAAUGGCUGCAAGAGGGACACGUAGUUUGAAGGCCAUUYGAGUAGCUUCUGGGACUGAUUUCCAGUCACUUCAGAAAUGUAAACUUAAGCUUAAGAUUAUAUUUUGUCAGCCUGUUCUUGACACUCACAUUACUGGCUGUGUGUAAUUCUUCAGUGCUUUAAAUGAUGACCAAGCUGCCUGGUUCUUUCAGUCAAUGCUAGCCGUUGAAAUGUGUGUGUCUGUGAGAAUAACACGUUGUGUCAUAUAUUUAUUAAUGAUGUUGAACCUAUUGUGAUGCUUAGGUACAAAGGGUCGCGAGGUGAGUGUUAACUGUUGGCACUUGUGUGUGAUCUGCUGACGAGGACACGCGAAAGGACCUGGAGACGGACGGUCCUCAGGGCCACGUGGUGCCCGUUCCGGGACCUCCUUUGCUUCCCAGUGUGACGACUUGCUUGAAUUUCACUUGCAGUGUAGGUCUGAGCCCUCCUGCUCUGCUGAUUGCUCUAUUAACAUGCAUGGAGCCCCCAAAAAAAAAGUAGUAGCCCGGCCUAAAACCUCAGUGAAAAGCAGGAUGGCAUCUUGUGUUCUGACUAUUGCAUUUUUGCCCCUGUUGCAUUUGCCCUGAGCAAGAAUUGCAGUCACUGUAAAUGGAUAUAUAUAAAUAUAUUAUUGAUGCAUGUUCUGAGCCUUUCAGGUAAGGUGAAAUGAAACUGAGAUCACGCCUAAAGUCUAUUUUGAGCCAAGUAAGUCUUUUGGAUUAGGGACUUGGAGUGUGCCCUUUGCAUACUUGGAGUAUUAGUCACACCUUUGGUGUUGGUGUUUUUUGAAGCCAAGGACAAUGUUUUUUAUAGGAGGGACAUAGAGUUUUCAGCAAGUUAUACAAAUCUGUAGUCUUGUUUUGAUCUUGUAGUAUACCAGAUGCUGAUSAUGGUCUAAAUUUUUACGAGC